CCCAUUUUCGUCUGUCUCUCUUUAUUCUCUGUAAUCAAAUUAUUGAAUGUUUAAAACAAAACACAUGAAUCUCAUAUUUUUGGUUUGUGCCUUCCUUUUCACAGGCUUUGAAGUCGAUGCAUUAUCCUAUGAUUAUUCUGCAAGUAUUGAAUGUCUUAGGCAUCCAUUGAAACCUCAAUACAACGGAGGAAUAAUCCAAAAUCCAGAACUAAAUCAUGGACUUAGAGGAUGGAAUUCAUUUAGGAAUGCAAAAAUAGAACACAGAGAAUCAUCAGGCAACAAAUAUGUGGUAGCACGUAGCAGAAAACAUGCACAUGACAGUGUCUCCCAAAAGAUUUCUAUUGAAAAGGACAAACAUUAUACAUUGUCUGCUUGGAUACAAGUAAGUGAAGGCAAUGUCCCUGUAAUUGCAAUGGUGAAGACAAGCACAAAAGACAACUUUGCUGGUGCCAUUUUUGCUGAGAGUAAUUGUUGGUCUAUGCUUAAAGGUGGUUUCACAGCUCAAGAAUCAGGACCAGCAGAGCUCUAUUUUGAGGGCAAUAAUACCUCUGUCGAAAUAUGGAUAGACAACGUUUCCUUGCAACCAUUCACCGAGAAAGAAUGGAGUUCUCAUCAAGAUCAGAGCAUUGAGAAGAAUCGCAAGAGUAAGGUAUUGAUCCUCGCACACGAUGAAGAAGGAAAGGCAUUACGAAAUGCAGAGAUAUCUUUUGAAAUGAAGAAGCCAAGUUUUCCGUUUGGGAGUUCCAUGAACAAAUUCAUCCUAGACAAUGCAUUAUACCAAAACUGGUUCACCUCCAGAUUCACAGUGACAACGUUUGAAAACGAAAUGAAAUGGUACAGCACCGAGAGCGUGCAAGGUAAGGAAGACUACACGGUUGCUGAUGCUAUGUUGCAGUUUGCCAAGAACCACAACAUAGAUGUUCGAGGCCACAACAUAUUUUGGGAUGAUCCUAGGUACCAACCUGGUUGGGUUCCCUCACUGUCGCCGAACCAACUCUCUUCUGCCACAGAAAACAGGGUCAAAUCUGUCGUGUCAAGAUACAAGGACAAGGUUAUUGCAUGGGACGUUGUUAAUGAAAAUCUACACUUUUCGUUCUUCGAGAGUAAACUCGGACAAGACUUUUCAGGCAAAAUCUUCGAAGAGGUUCAUAAUGUUGAUGAACGAACCACUUUGUUUCUGAAUGAUUAUAACACCAUUGAGAACAACAGAGAUGGUGUCUCAAACCCAGCAAGGUACGUGCAGAAGAUUAAAGAAAUUCAGAGUUUUCAGAGGAAUAGUGGAAUCGGUUUGGGAAUUGGGUUGGAGUCCCACUUCACCGAUGUGGGGAUUAAUUUUCCAUACGUGAGAUCAUCUUUAGAUUAUCUUGGUGCCACUCGUUUGCCGAUUUGGAUCACAGAAUUUGACGUUGAAAGUCAACCUAAACAGGUACAAUACUUUGAGCUUGCUCUUAAAGAGCUACAUAGCCACCCUAUGGUUAAAGGUAUUGUGAUGUGGACAGCAUGGUCACCACAAGGUUGCUACAGAAUUUGUUUAGUGGACAACAAUUUCAAGAAUUUAGCAGCAGGGAACGUUGUGGACAAGUUUCUUUCUCAGUGGAAAUCAAAGAAAUUUUCUGGAGUAACAGAUAAAAAUGGAUACCUUGAGCUUUCUCUUUUUCAUGGUGAUUAUGAAAUGAAGACAAGUCACCCUGUCAAAAACAAUUUCACUUUCACACAGCUCCUAAAAGUAUCUCCCCAAAAUGAAUCAAACAAAAUGAAACAAGUUGUAAAGCUUUAUAUGAAGUAAGUAAUUACUUUUUGCAUA